AUGCUGUUUGCGAUCCUCUUGCCGAUAUCAUUAGUGGCUUCGCAAGAGCCCUGCCCGACAUGUGUACGAGGCAACGGAACGUGUUACAACGUAUCAUAUGUUUUCGAUAUAGAUGCACCAUUCCGAAAUCGCGUAGUUAUCCACAAAUUAGCGCUAUUAAGAUCCAGCAACACCCUAUUUUACAGUUUCGAGCCGAGAAUCACCGACCCGGAGUAUUACAAAGUGGGCUCUAUAAAUAUUGAUGAUCUCACAAACAGCUCAAUCGUUUCUGUCGGCAAAAUCAUGAAUUUGGGUACAUUUGAUCUCGACCAGGACAACGGAUUAGUUUAUUUGGGUGGCGGUGAUGGCAUAUAUGUCCUAGAUACUAAGGUCGACAAAGUUGCACCCUACAGCUCCCGCGGUGAUUUUUUUAGAGGCUUCUCAGCUUCUCUGAGAGGGAGAACGCCUGGAUUCUUCUCAACCUUUUGA